AUGAUCGUAGAAAUAUUAAAAUUUGUUUCAAAAGUCGUAAUAACAUUUAUUCUAACAAAUAUUCAAGAUGUUGUUAUAUUAAUGAACUUUUUUCUUGAAUCAUCUGAAAUUGAUAGUAUAUUGAAAACUCGACAUGUUGUACUUGGUCAAUAUUUAGGUUUUAGUACUUUAUUAACAUUAAGUUUAAUUGGUUAUACUAUUUCAUAUAUAUUACCAGUUAAAUUAUUUGGUUUUCUUGGAUUUUUAAUUAUAUUUUUUGGUUUAAAUGGUUUAUAUAAAUUAAUUAAAGAUUUAUUUAAAAAAAGAAAAGAAAAAAAAGAAAAAUUACAAUCAAAUUUAGAAAAUGAACAAAUCGAAUUUAUUCAAUUCGAAUCAGAAAUUAUUAAAUCGAAUGAAAAACAAACUUGUAUAACUCAUAUUAAACAAAUACUGAAAGUAAGUCUUGUAACAAUUGCAAAUGGAAAUGAUAAUAUUGCUAUUUAUGUACCUAUAUUUGUUAAAUCAAAAUCAUGGGAAAUCGUUGUUUAUGCUACAGGCUUUUUAUUCAUGGUUAGUGUUUUAUGUCUUGUGUGUUAUUGUUUUAUACAUUUUCCUCCAAUAUAUAAAUUGGCACAAAAAUAUGCUCAUUUUAUCAGUCCAUUCGUAUUUAUUGCACUUGGAAUUUAUAUUUUAAUUGAUUCAAAAUGUUUUCCAUGGUUAAUCAAAAUCAUUAAAACAGGACAAUGGACGACAUCUUAA